AUGAAUAGUUCAGGCAACUUUACUUCGGCAAACGCCUCUUGCACAUCACCUCACCUGUGCGCAGACAGCGCGCCUGAGCGCAGUCCUCCUGUGUUAGUGGAUGCCUGGCUCGUGCCACUUGUCUUUGUGUUGAUUAUGGUCGUAGGACUUGCUGGAAACUCCCUUGUUCUUCAUGUAAUAUCCAAACACAGAAAAAUGUGGACGGCAACGAACUUCUACAUCGCCAACUUGGCUACAACAGACAUUACGUUUCUGAUCUGCUGUGUGCCUUUCACGGCUUUGCUCUAUCCUUUACCAAGCUGGGUCUUCGGAACUUUCAUGUGCAAAUUCGUAAGCUACAUCCAACAGGUGUCCGCUCAGGCCACCUGUGUGACUCUGACGGUUAUGAGUGUGGACCGUUGGUACGUCACGGUUUACCCGCUGCGUUCUCUGCAGUUCCGAACCCCACGUGUCGCCACCAUGGUCAGUCUGGGGAUCUGGAUAGGUUCUUUUCUAGUAUCGUUGCCGGUUCCUCUGUAUGCAAGAACCUUGAUUGUAGAAUGGUACGGUCCUCAGGUAUUCUGCACUGAGAUCUUCCCCACAUUGUUACAUAAGAAGGUCUUCAUUCUCUACAACUUUCUGGCUGUCUACAUGCUCCCUUUGAUUACCAUCUGUGUGUGUUACCUGGUCAUGCUCCAUCAGAUGGGGCACUCGGCCGUAGAGCCUAUUGACAACAACUAUCAGCUGCAGGCUCUGACGGAGCGCUCUGUUGCCAUGAGGACCAAAGUGUCCCGUAUGGUGAUGGUGAUGGUACAGCUGUUUAUUCUGUGCUGGGGCCCCAUCCAGCUCUACAUCCUCGUUCAGGCCUUCAGUCCGCAUUUUCGUCAGAACUACUGCACCUACAAGCUGAAGAUCUGGGCGCACUGCAUGUCUUACGCCAACUCUUGCAUGAACCCUAUCGUGUACGCUUUCAUGGGCGCCAGUUUCCGCAAAGCCUUCAAAAGAACGUUCCACUGCCUCUUCAAAAAGCGUGUGGCGGCCGUGCAGCGACCGAAUGGAAACGCUAACACAGAAAUGCACUGCGUCUCAUAG